AUGGCGUGUAAUGAGGCACAGAAAGUGCAGUUUGGUACACAUAUGCUGAUUGAGGAAGUUGGUGAUUGGUGGGGUAACACUCGCCAAAGAUUGGAAGUUACGGGUAAUGAAAUUACAUGGGAUGUGUUUAAAGGAGAGUUUAUGGAGUGGUAUUUUCUAGAAGAUGUACAUGGUAAGAAAGAGAUUGAGUUUAUGGAAUUGAAACAAGGGAACUCAAUUGUUGUUGAAUAUGUUGCUAAUUUCGAUGAGCUUAUGAAAUUCUAUCCACACUACAAUGAUGACGCUGCAGAGGUUUCCAAAUGGCAUCGCACCAAUGAAUGUAAAAGUGAUGAAAAGAAAUGUUUCAAAUGUGGGAAGUCAGGACAUUUGAUCGCUGAUUGCAAAACUAAUGUGCCUACUUGUUACAAUUAUGGGGAACCUGGUCACAUCAGCACCACUUGUCAUAAGCCAAAGAAAGCCCAUACUGGAGGGAAGGUGUUUGCGUUGACUGGAUCUCAACCUAACAGUUCUGACAGGUUGAUUAGAAGUACAUGUCAUAUUCACGACAUUCCUUUAAUUUCUAUUAUUGAUAUGGGUGCAACACACUCGUUUAUUUUUGCUAAUUGUGUACGAAAAGUGGGUAUUAUUUUGUGUACUCUUAAUAGUGGACUACUCAUCAACACUCCAGCUAACGGGUCGGUGACUACUUCUUUGAUGGAGUUCAACCAUGUUUAUAUCAAUUGUUACAACAAAACUUUACGGUUUCUUGCUCCUAAAGAUAAACAAGAAGAUGAUUUUAUAUCUGCUAAAGAAUUGAAAGGAAUUGUUGAAAGAUGA